UCUUGCCCAAUGACUUGGCUCUAACAGUUGUCCUCCAUAUUGCCAACUACAUGUUGUUCUUCCUGGCCUCUCUCUGAACCACACACUCCAUUUACCGGAAAUAUGAGCAAUUAUUCCCUUUAGUUACCCUCUCUGGUAACAUUGACAGCUGCUGUUUGGGCCGGGGCUCUGAAACAGAAUAAGUGGUUAGAGAUCAGAAGGGUCGUGGUCACCAUGGUGCGUAAUGUGGACGAUCUGGACUUUUGCCUUGCCUCCCACCCCCAGAGCAUCCUGGAGGGGCUACGCUCCCUCUGCUGCAACCCCAAACUAGUGGACGUGACUCUGGCCGCGGGCGGCCGCGACUUCCCCUGUCACCGGGCCGUCCUGGCUCUCUGCAGCGUCUAUUUCCACUCCAUGUUCUCCGGGGACUUUGUGGAGAGCAUCGCGGCCCGGGUGGAGCUGCACGGUGUGGAUCCUGACAUAAUGGCUUCCCUUCUAGACUUCUGCUACACAGGGAAACUCACCAUCAACCAGGGAAACGUGGAGGGCCUGAUACGCACGUCCAGUCAGCUACAGUUCCAGGCGGUCCGGACUGUGUGCAGCCGUUAUCUCCAGCACCAGAUCGAUGCCACCAACUGCCUGGGGAUCCUGGAGUUCGGGGAGGUACACGGCUGUCCAGAGGUGGUAGCAAAGGCUUGGGGAUUCCUUCUGGAGAACUUUGAGGCUGUACAGCGCUGGGAGGAGUUUCCUCUGCUGGAGAAGGAGAGGUUAGUGGCGUGUCUGUCCAACGAGAGGCUACAAACCAGGACAGAGUGUACCCGUGUGGAGGCAGCCCUGGCCUGGGUGAGACACCACCAAGAGUCCCGACUCCCCCACCUCCCAGAGCUUCUGGGGCUGACCCGCCUGGCCCUCCUGUCCCCUGACUUCCUCACUAACAACCUAAUGAAGGACAGCCUGGUUCUAGCCUCUCUCAGCUGUGUGGAGGUGGUGGAGAGGGUAUGCAGAGAGAAAAUGGACGUGAAGCCAGGAGAUGUGGUCCAGAGUGGCAGCCCGAGUCCCCAACCCAACCUGGAGGAGGUGUUAUUCGUGAUGGGAGGGCGCUCGCUGGACGACUCAGAUGACGAAGAUGAUGAUGAUGAAGACAGAGACCCCAGGCUGCUGCCCGGAAACUGUGGCUUCUACAACCCUAAGACACAACAGUGGUAUGAGCUGCCAGUCUUCCCCAACCACAAUCAAGUCUCCGUGGUCUCUUUGAAUAAUGACGUUUAUGUCACAGGGGGCUCGAGGGGUUCCCAAUCCAACACCUGGUCGACCACAGAGACCUGGAAGUACAUCACCAGAGAAGGACGGUGGGUGACGGUGGCUCCCAUGCUCCGGCCCCGGACCAACCACACCUCAGCAGCCCUCAGCGGAGAGAUAUACGUCAUCGGAGGCACUACAAUGGACUUCGUAGACAUUGAGCACUAUGACCCAUACAAUGACACCUGGGCCCGGACAUGCCCUGCAGUGAGAUACGUCACAAACUUCACAGCGACUGCCUGCCAUGGGAAACUAUACGUGAUUGGCUCCUGUGCUGUUAAGUACAACGCCUUGACUCUGCAGUGCUACAAUCCUGUUAUAGAUGGGUGGAGUAUCAUCUGCUCUCCCUUCAUCCCCAAGUACCUGUCCUCUCCUCGCUGUGUCUCAGUGGAGGGGCUCAUCUACCUGAUCGCUGACAACACCAAGAAGGUUUACUGCUACGACCCACUGGCUAACAUGUGGCAGAAGGUCCAGCUGCUGCACAUGCUCCAUGAGAACGGAGAUCUGGUGGCGUUGGACAGUCAGCUCUUUGCGACGGGGGGUCACUGGAAGGGUAUGGAGGGGGACUACGGGGUGGAGGUGGAGGUGUACAACAGAGCUUCUAACAGCUGGAAGGUGGAGUGUUUCCUACCAAGGCUCUGGAUCUACAGCGGGACAUGUUCUGUAUUCCUGGACCCUUCCCAGUGGUCCGACCCAUUCCCCCUCGAUGAAACCUAAAUGGAACGGUCGGGUCCACGGCAUUCAGCACUUGAAGUGGAAAGAUAAAGGUGCUGGUACUCAUUUUAGGUACUGAUUUUAACUUAAAAGUACUGGUGUAGUCGACCAGAUUGUAGGGGUGGAUAUUCUAGAUGUGCAGUGAGCACGUAAAGGCCCAGUGCAGUCAAAAACAUGAUGUUCCUGUGUUUUAUAUAUAUGUAUUUCCACACUAUAAGCUUGGAAUAAUACUGUGAAAUUGUGAAAAUGACGACAAUGCUCUUUCAGUGUAAUUGCUGUUUGAAAAGACUCCCUGACAUUUCAGCCUGUUUUGAUGGGAUGGAGUUUUGGCCUGGUGACAUCAACAGACCGUAAAUUAGUUAAUUGGCCAAUAAGAAAGAAAGUUACAAAACCUCUCUGCCAAUUGCAGCUAGUUUUCAGAUUUCCACUCCCCACUCAGAACACUCCCGGAGAGUCCUAGCAAAAACAAUUGCUCUUUGCUAAUUAAAAUAAACCAGAGUACUUAAUUGUUACCCAGAAAUUAUUUAAUAUGGAGACCUUUAAUUAAGCAGUAGAUGCAGGUCUAAUUCAAGUACUGAGCCCACGGCACCGAGCCCACGGCACCGAGCCCACGGCACCGAUCCCACGGCACCGAUCCCACGGCACCGAGCCCACGGCACCGAGCCCACGGCACCGAUCCCACUGCACCGAGCCCACGGCACCGAGCCCACGGAGCCCACGGCACCGAGCCCACGGCACCGAGCCCACGGCACCGAGCCCACGGCACCGAGCCCACGGAGCCCACGGCACCGAGCCCACCGAGCCCACCGAGCCCACGGCACCGAGCCCACGGCACCGAGCCCACGGCAGUGAGCCCACGGCACCGAGCCCACGGCACCGAGCCCACGGCAGUGAGCCCACGGCACCGAGCCCACCGAGCCCACGGCACCGAGCCCACGGCACUGAGCCCACGGCACCGAGCCCACGGCACCGAGCCCACCGAGCCCACGGCACCGAGCCCACGGCACCGAGCCCACGGCAGUGAGCCCACGGCACCGAGCCCACGGCACCGAGCCCACGGCACCUAGCCCACGGCACUCAGCCCAUGGCCAUGACAGACUGAUCUCAGGGUUAUAGUGCACAGACUAUUGUCGGACUUUUAUGUCCGGCUGUCUUAGCUGUCAGUAGCCUAGACUACUGUAUGCAUGUGGAAUGGUGUUCAUCUGUAGAUUAUGGAGGGUUGUCUUUCUGUAGAUUAUGGAGGGUUGUCUUUGCUGUCAGUAGCCUGGACUACUGUAUGCAUGUGGAAUGUUGUUCAUCUGUAGAUUAUGGAGGGUUGUCUUGGCUGUCAGUAGCCUAGACUACUGUAUGCAUGUGGAAUGUUGUUCAUCUGUAGAUUAUGGAGGGUUGUCUUGGCUGUCAGUAGCCUGGACUACUGUAUGCAUGUGGAAUGUUGUUCAUCUGUAGAUUAUGGAGGGUUGUCUUGGCUGUCAGUAGCCUAGACUACUGUAUGCAUGUGGAAUGUUGUUCAUCUGUAGAUUAUGGAGGGUUGUCUUGGCUGUCAGUAGCCUGGACUACUGUAUGCAUGUGGAAUGUUGUUCAUCUGUAGAUUAUGGAGGGUUGUUUUGACUGUCAGUAGCCUGGACUACUGUAUGCAUGUUGAAUGUUGUUCAUCUCUAGAUUAUGGAGGUUGUCUUUUUGCCCUCCAAUAGCACGUUACUUGGUCCUCUAUGCUGCCCAAUUCUUCUUCCCUUGUUAUUUUGUAACGUUAUACUCCUGUGACGAUGUGUUAAUUUAUAUUGUUACUUCCUGACUUCCCGAAACAUCUGUUGGCAUCUGUAUUAUUGAGUUUGUUUGUUUGUUUGUUUGUGUGUUGACUUAUUCAAACUUUGUAGAAAAUGUACUGUGAAUCAAUUUAUUUAAACUUUGUAGAAAAUGUCAUGUUUAAUCAAAACAUCUUUGUAAAUAUGUUUUUUUUAAUGGUGGAAAACAUGGAAUACUUCAGUAUUUACAGCAUAUGCUAUUAUGCUAUUAUGCAAUAGAGCCUUUCAACCUGUGUUUGUUUAUAAGGAACUCACUGGGCACAGUGUCAGUUCAACCCACUGGGCACAGUGUCAAUUCAACCCACUGGGCACAGUGUCAGUUCAACCCACUGGGUACAGUGUCAAUUCAACCCACUGGGUACAGUGUCAGUUCAACCCACUGGGUACAGUGUCAAUUCAACUCACUGGGCACAGUGUCAAUUCAACCCACUGGGUACAGUGUCAGUUCAACUCACUGGGCACAGUGUCAGUUCAACCCACUGGGUACAGUGUCAAUUCAACUCACUGGGCACAGUGUCCAUUCAACCCACUGGGUACAGUGUCAGUUCAACUCACUGGGCACAGUGUCAGUUCAACCCACUGGGUACAGUGUCAGUUCAACUCACUGGGCACAGUGUCAGUUCAACCCACUGGGUACAGUGUCAAUUCAACUCACUGGGUACAGUGUCAAUUCAACCCACUGGGUACAGUGUCAAUUCAACUCACUGGGCACAGUGUCAAUUCAACCCACUGGGUACAGUGUCAGUUCAACUCACUGGGCACAGUGUCAGUUCAACCACCUGGGUACAAUGUCAGUUCAACCCACUGGGUACAGUGUCAAUUCAACUCACUGGGCACAGUGUCAAUUCAACCCACUGGGUACAGUGUCAAUUCAACUCACUGGGCACAGUGUCAAUUCAACCCACUGGGUACAGUGUCAAUUCAACUCACUGGGCACAGUGUCAAUUCAACCCACUGGGUACAGUGUCAGUUCAACUCACUGGGCACAGUGUCAAUUCAACCCACUGGGUACAGUGUCAGUUCAACUCACUGGGUACAGUGUCAAUUCAACCCACUGGGUACAGUGUCAAUUCAACUCACUGGGCACAGUGUCAAUUCAACUCACUGGGCACAGUGUCAAUUCAACCCACUGGGUACAGUGUCAGUUCAACUCACUGGGCACAGUGUCAAUUCAACCCACUGGGUACAGUGUCAGUUCAACUCACUGGGCACAGUGUCAAUUCAACCCACUGGGCACAGUGUCAAUUCAACUCACUGGGCACAGUGUCAAUUCAACCUACUGGGCACAGUGUCAAUUCAACCCACUGGGCACAGUGUCAGUUCAACCCACUGGGCACAGUGUCAGUUCAACCCACUGGGCACAGUGUCAAUUCAACUCACUGGGCACAGUGUCAAUUCAACCCACUGGGCACAGUGUCAAUUCAACUCACUGGGCACAGUGUCAGUUCAACUCACUGGGCACAGUGUCAAUUCAACCCACUGGGUACAGUGUCAAUUCAACCCAUUGGGUACAGUGUCAAUUCAACCCACUGGGCACAGUGUCCAUUCAACCCACUGGGCACAGUGUCAAUUCAACCCACUGGGCACAGUGUCAAUUCAACUCACUGGGCACAGUGUCAAUUCAACCCACUGGGCACAGUGUUAAUUCAACCCACUGGGCACAGUGUCAGUUCAACCCACUGGGUACAGUGUCAAUUCAACCCACUGGGCACAGUGUCAAUUCAACUCACUGGGCACAGUGUCAAUUCAACCCACUGGGCACAGUGUUAAUUCAACCCACUGGGCACAGUGUCAGUUCAACCCACUGGGCACAGUGUCAAUUCAACUCACUGGGCACAGUGUCAAUUCAACCCACUGGGCACAGUGUCAAUUCAACCCACUGGGCACAGUGUCAAUUCAACUCACUGGGCACAGUGUCAGUUCAACCCACUGGGCACAGUGUCCAUUCAACUCACUGGGCACAGUGUCAGUUCAACCCACUGGGCACAGUGUCAGUUCAACCCACUGGGCACAGUGUCAAUUCAACCCACUGGGCACAGUGUCAAUUCAACCCACUGGGCACAGUGUCAGUUCAACGUCCACCUGAUUUGGAUUUAGGUAAAAAAUAAUCCGAAAUGCCCUUACGUUGAUAACUUUUUGCAAAUCCAAUUGGUUUUCCAUGUUGAUUCAACAUAAUCACAUAUAUUUUUGGGGGGGUUGAAAUGAUUUGGAGACAAUGUUAACUCAGUAGCGGAGUGUUUACGCAGGUAUAUCCAGCCUGUAACACAUCCCGCCGUGUAUGGGAUCUGCCCGGGUAGGUCGUCAUUGUAAAUAAGAAUUUGUUUUUAAUUAACUGACUUGCCUAGUUAAAUAAAGGUUAAAUAAAAAAUACAAAAAUAAAUAUUUGGAGUAAGUGAAUUUUUCACUUUCUGCUACCGAAUGCAGCUAGCUAAUUUUAGCCUACUUAAACACCCAGAUCUAACAGAGAGGGAUGCUAUGUUAGCUAGCUGGCUAUGGCUAUCCAACAGAGAGGGAUGCUAUGUUAGCUAGCUGGCUAUGGCUAUCCAACAGAGAGGGAUGCUAUGUUAGCUAGCUGGCUAUGGCUAUCCAACAGAGAAGGAUGCUAUGUUAGCUAGCUGGCUAUGGCUAUCCAACAGAGAGGGAUGCUAUGUUAGCUAGCUGGCUAUGGCUAUCCAACAGAGAGGGAUGCUAUGUUAGCUAGCUGGCUAUGGCUAUCCAACAGAAAGGGAUGCUAUGUUAGCUAGCUGGCUAUGGCUAUCCAACAGAGAGGGAUGCUAUGUUAGCUAGCUGGCUAUGGCUCUCCAACAGAGAGGGAUGCUAUGUUAGCUAGCUGGCUAUGGCUAUCCAACAGAGAGGGAUGCUAUGUUAGCUAGCUGGCUAUGGCUAUCCAACAGAGAGGGAUGCUAUGUUAGCUAGCUGACUAUGGCUAUCCAACAGAAAGGGAUGCUAUGUUAGCUAGCUGGCUAAGGCUAUCGAACACUGGAACUCUUCCAAGUCAAGGUAAGCUUUUGUUUUUGUAAAUGUAUUGCCACGAGGCCCGCUGCUUUAACUGCUAAACCGCUUUUUGUACACUGUACAGCUUGAUUGUUGUGGGUUUAAUAACGUGUUAGUUCUAGUAGUUAUAUUGACUAUGACGUUAGCUAAUAUGGUGACAAUGAUGUAGGCUGUGGGUAGUGGUUAGCGGUUAUGGUACAAAUGUUUUUGCUUGUAAAGGUUUUUUCGCCCUGGUUUAGGCAGCUGAUGUGUUGUGCACUGAAGUCCAUAAGUGAAGAGAAAAGGUGAGAGGAGGAGAUGCAAUGAGGAAUGAGAAUGAGUAAAGGUGUCAUCCUGUUAUGUGGCUGCUAUGAAAGUGAACUAGGUGAACAGGGGAUGUAUUCAUUCCGUCAAUUCUGUUGAAAAACAUUUCUUAAACAGAUGCAAAAGCAACAAAACAGGGAUAAACAUACCUGAAUUUGUCCAGUAGAAACUUUUGUUUGCAACUAUUUGGACUAAUUAUUACACCCCCAGAUCAACUAUUUUAAUUUAUUUUUAUUUUUAUUUCACCUUUAUUUAACCAGGUAGGCUAGUUGAGAACAAGUUCUCAUUUGCAACUGCGACCUGGCCAAGAUAAAGCAUAGCAGUGUGAACAGACAACACAGAGUUACACAUGGUAACUCUAGAUGCAGGCAAAAGUGUGUUAAUAUCUGUCAGGUUGAUUACACUAAAUUAUCUCAACCUGUCUGUUGUAAACUUUAAUUCGUAGGCUAGGUUGUAGCAACCUCAUGAUGAGCAUGGGGAAGAUUGUAGUAUCAUGUAGUAGCCUAAACCUAUCACUGUUACAUUGAACUGGGUGAAUGGAAUAUGAAUGACACCCAAUAUGCUAUAAUAGAAAUAAGGCUCAUUAAAAAAAAUUAAAAUCAUCCUCCCUAAUCUUAAACGGCA